UUGCAAUUAUUAUUAUUUUUUAAAAAUGCGUUCGAUUUUAAUCACUGGCUGCAACCGUGGACUAGGACUAGGACUAGUCCAACAUCUAACCCAGUUGCCGAAUCCGCCGGAAAAAAUUUUCGCCACUUGUCGGGAUGUUAAUAAAGCUGAGAAACUCCGAGAAAUUGCUGACAAGUCCAAUAAUGUUGUCAUUAUUAAAGCAGAUCUCAAGGACUUCAAGGACUUCCCCCGCGUGGUCAAUGAGGUCAGCUCUCAAGUCGGAGAAGCUGGACUCAAUGUAUUGUUCAACAAUGCAGGAAUCGCUACCAAAUUCACAAGGAUUGGAAUGGUGAAGGCUGAACAACUGACGGAAACCUUUCUGGUUAAUACCGUGGCCCCGAUAAUGUUCACCCAGGCAUUCCUACCGCUGCUGAAAAAAGCUGCCGAGGGUAAGCAAGGAUUGGGAGUUCAUCGCGCAGCUGUAGUCAACAUGACAUCCAUAAUCGGCAGCAUCGCCGAGAACAAAAUGGGCGGAUUUUAUCCGUACAUGUGCAGCAAGACGGCUCUCAAUGCUGCUACCAAGUCGAUGAGCAUCGAUCUGGAGCACGAUGGGAUCCUGGUAGCUUGCAUGCACCCCGGGUGGGUCAAAACUGACAUGGGUGGAGCCAAUGCUCCUCUGGAUAUUGAAGCCAGCUGCAGAGAUAUGGUCAAAACUAUUUUGGGACUCUCUGAGAAAGAUAAUGGAGCUUUUCUCCAACAUGAUGGGUCUACAUUACCCUGGUAAAAUAUUCCAAGAUGUGAAAAUAAUGUUUACAGUUUUAAAAUUUGAUUUAUUAUCAAUUGCUGGGGGCAUUUAUAAAAAUAAAUACAUAAAUAAUUGGCAUUUAAAAAAUUAAAAGAUUUCAAUAUAAUUUAUUAUUGAAUGUUAACUAACAAAUACUGUAAAAAUUUUAUAUUAUUUUUUUGUAAAAUUACUAAUAAAAGGG